CACACUUUAUUAGACUUUAAUCACUUUUGACUUUAAAUGCUAUCUUUAUUAUUUAUAGUUAAUAGUACUAUCCAAAUCAAUCGCUAUCUCAAUUUCGAAAAAAAAACUCUUCAGUUGGACUUUAAGUCAGACUCAUUGGUUAACAUGCAUGAGUAGAUGGAUGACGCGUAGGAUAGUGUGAAGACAAGAUUUCCAAACUAAAGAGUACUUAGAAUGAGUAAAAGGAAAGCAGAUGAAAGCCCCAAUGCUGAUUUGAGUGAAUUCCUUAUGGAACUAGGAAACUAUGAAAAAAAUGUCAAUCGAGCACUGCACAAGUUUAAUGCUUAUCGCAAAGCAGCUGCAGCCCUUGCAAAAUAUCCAGUUAGAAUUUCAAGUGGAGCUGAGGCAAAGAAGCUUGAUGGAAUAGGAGAGAAGAUUGCCAAGAAAAUUGAUGAAUUUUUACAAACUGGUAAAUUACAAAAGCUAGAAGAGAUACGAGCUGAUGAUCAGAGUGUGGCCAUCAAUGAGCUCACUAAAGUAACAGGUAUUGGGCCUGCUGCAGCACAGAAGUUAGUGAAAGAAAAUAUAAUGUCUAUUGAAGAUCUGAGAAAAAACCCGAGCAUGUUAAAUAAACAUCAGAGAAUUGGACUAGAACAUUUUGAAGAUUUUCAAAAAAAGAUCCCAAGAUCAGAAAUGAUUGAGAUUCAGGAUUUUGUUAAGGGUCAAAUACACAGCUUGGAUAAGAACUAUGAAGUCACAGUGUGUGGGAGUUUUAGAAGAGGUGCAGAGAGCAGUGGUGACAUAGACUUUUUGUUGAGUCACAAAGAUUUCACAUCUAAAUCUGAAAAGAGGCAGCCAUCACUUCUUCAUAGCGUGGUCAAGAAACUUGAAGAUGUUCAUUUCAUCACAGAUACUUUAUCACUUGGAGAUACCAAAUUUAUGGGUGUGUGUCGUCUGCUUUCUAAAAAUGAGACUAAUCAAAAUUUAUAUCGAAGGAUUGAUAUAAGACUAAUUCCUGCAGAUCAGUACUACUGUGCACUGCUUUAUUUUACUGGCUCAGAUGUUUUUAAUGCCAACAUGAGAUCAGAAGCACAGAAACAAGGAUUCAUCCUGAAUGAAUAUGCUAUAAGACCAGUUGGGAGUACUGGUGUUGCUGGAGAAGCUCUGCCAGUAACUAGUGAAGAAGACAUCUUUGAAUACAUUGGAAUGACGUAUGUAGACCCCAAAGACAGAAUUGCUUGAAAUGUUUGCCAAGCUUGUAAAUACAAAGAUUGUUCAAGAAAACAAUAAAGGCAACAAACUGUUAAAUUUGAUGUACUCCCUAUAAAGCUGGUUUCAAACAUUUUAAUUUGACUAGUUACUAGUAUUGUUUUCCUAACAAACGUUUGUCAAACAUUUCUUCCCUUUUGUAAUUGGAAGCUCAAGGAAAUAAAUGAAUCUAUAAGCAUCCUUUAUAUUUAGUUCUCCAGAGCUUUUUGUAAAUAGUUUUCAACUCAGGUUAUCAUAUGGUCAUGUAAAUAUAUUGCGUUCGGUUAAUUAUUGAUAACUAUCUGGUAGACAAAUUUAAAACUGCAUGUGUACAUACUUUAUUGCUAUUUGAAAAGACUUUCAUUCCCUUUAUAUGUUUUAAUGUGACAUGUAUGCACUAGGCAAAACAGCAGGGUUUCUGUCCAGGGCUUUUGCCAGAGAGGAUUUGAGCCUCUCAACCCAUCACUUAAAUGGAGUUUGAUGAUGAUGAUAUUAUGUUUUAUUGAGACUCUAAGAAAUAUGUAAUUCUCAGGGUCCAAGUACUUUAUACAUACCCACAUUAAAGUUUUAGGUCUACGGGAUCAUACACAAGUAUAUAUUGAAAACAUGGCAUUAUUAUUGAAUCUAUAGCUGUUUUUUUUUUUUUUUUUUUUGUAGGCAUUAUAUUAUAUAUAUAAUUUCAUUAAGUCCUUUGUAAUGUUAGCUCUAAGAAGGGAUAUAUUCACUUUUGUUUAGAUUUUUUGACAUAAAUACAAACUUGAUGUCUAACAUUAAGACAAUGGCCCACAGAAUGCUAUUAAAUUCUGGGGAAUAUAAUUGCAAGUUAUUAAUGAUUGCAAUUAUCUUUACAACUGGACUUUGAUGAAUUAGAUGUCAAGUUAUAGUUUUUCUCUUUUUCUUUGCUGAUGCCAAAAAUGAAUCUGCUUUUACAACGUCUAUACUGAUCUGUAUGGUUGUUCUGAAUUUUGAAAGUAAUUUGUAUCAGUCCUAUUCUUUAACAAUGUAACAAUUGAUAAAACACAAAACUUAAAAUGCCAUUAAAGAAUUUUUAUGACAGAUAAACAGAACACUUUAACCCUAACUAGUCUUAGAUUUCAGGUAUGAAAUUAACCCAUUUUAUACAAGUAAACCUCUAUAGAAUAUACUUUUAAAGUCUUUUGAAUACAAAUUUUAAAACUUUAAAGACAUUGCUUUCAAUGACUAAAAAUUACUAGUAACUGUAAAUAUUACUAUUGAACUUACAACAAUGUUUUCGAAACAAUUUAGUAUAGUCUUAAGUUAAAGCUUUGAGUAUAUGUCAGGGUUGUGUACAUGUCUGUAGCAUUACACUAUUUGUUGUUCAUUCAGUUUUUCAUUUUUUUAUAUAUAUAUUUUGAAUACUUUUAAUAAAAUUUCUGAAUAAAUUGUUUUAGUAGGCAGACA